AUGAGCUCUCUUAAUUCUUCGAGUAAAGAGGACGAUUCUGCCUCUUUGGAGAAGCAGAUCCUCCCUGAGAUGGCUAGGCAGAAACGUUUGUUUUCUUUCCUCCUUCCAAGUACUAUACCGCCACUUCCCACCGAUCAAGAAAGGAAGCCCUACCCUGCCGGAGUUCAAUUUUCUGACAUACCGUAUCAUCAAUGGGUUCCAGCGUUUAUCAGCAGAAUCUUCUUCUGGUGGGUUGUUCCACUGCUUAAAACAGGGUACGUCAGAACUAUUUUUCCUAAUGAUUUGUACUACCUGGAACGUUCUCUGAAAGUGGAAGCCCUCGCUGAUAAAUUCAAAAAAGUCUAUCAAAAGGAAGUUGACAAGAGGGCAUCUCCAAAUGAACCAAUGAAGUUGACAACAUUCAUGAAGCCACUUUUCAAAACCAUUGGAGUCUACUACUUUUACGCCAUCGGUUUCAAAAUAAUAUUUGACUGUGGGACUACGCUUGCACCUCUGCUUACCAAAGAGCUGAUCAAAUACGUUUCCUUAAAAUCGGUUGGAGUUGAACCUGGGAUUGGAAAGGGUGUAGGUUACGCUUUGGGUGCUUCAUUUCUGAUUAUAGUACCCGGUAUUUGCCUAAAUCAUAGUCUUUAUUACUCAACUUUAUGUGGACAAGUCCUCUAUUCUGUCCUCAAUAAAAUGGUUUUGGAGAAAUCUUUCCGACUGGAUGGUGUUGCUGAACAUAAUUACCCAAUUGCCAAGAUCAAUUCCAUGUUGGGAACAGAUCUUUCUCGUCUUGAACUGGCUUUCACUUUUUCUCCUUUCAUGAUGACAAUCCCCGUUACAAUGGCAAUUGCAAUAACGUUGUUGAUAAUCAACAUCGGUGUCUCUGCAUUGGCUGGAUUGGGAAUGUUUUUUCUUUGUCUCGUCAUUGUUUUCUCUGCCAUUCCCUUAAUUAUAAAGAUAAGAAUAAAGAUCAUGGGAUCUACUGAUAAGAGAGUUUCUCACAUCAAAGAACUUGCCAAUUAUCUCAAAUUUGUAAAGUUCUACUCCUGGGAAAAUUCUUAUUUCAGCUCUCUUACUAACGCAAGAACGACUGAAAUGAAAUACACUUUCAGGAUGCAUGCAAUCAGAAACUCACUUACUGCAUUGGCCGUAAGUACCCCAGCUUUGAGUUCUAUGUUGGCAUUUGUGGUUGCACACGCGGUCUCUAGAGAUCGUACCCCUGCAGAGAUCUUUUCUUCUUUGAGUUUGUUCAACGUAUUGUCGAUGAUUGUGUUCUUGUUACCAAUGUGUUUGUUCCUAUCUGCAGACGCUCUGCUAGGUUUAAAGCGAGUUUGUAAUUUUUUGCAAGCCCCUGAGGCUCAUCUAUACGACGAACAAGAAACUUUGAAGACGGAUGUGGCUCUUCAAGCAAAGAACGGAACCUUCUAUUGGGAAACUUUUGAGAACGAAGAUGACACAGUUGCCAUUGAUCACAAGACGACAGAGAAUAAUAAAGCUUUCUCAAGAUUGAAGAAUAUCAACUUGGAAGUGAAAAAAGGAGAGUUUCUAGUGAUAACGGGUCUUAUUGGAACCGGUAAAUCUUCGCUGUUAGCAGCAUUAAGCGGCCAGAUGAAGAGAGAGUCUGGCUCAGUUAGCCACCAGGGGUCAUUAUUGCUCUGUGGCGAACCAUGGAUCCAAAAUACUACUAUAAGAGAGAAUAUUGUUUUUGGACAGCCAUUCGACGAGACCAAGUACUGGGAAGUCAUUAAAUGCUGUGCAUUGACUCAAGAUCUGGAUAUGCUAGAUCAUGGAGAUAUAACUGAGGUUGGAGAGAGAGGGAUCACUCUCAGCGGGGGUCAAAAGGCCAGAAUUAAUCUUGCAAGAGCUGUCUACAAUGAUAGGGAUAUUCUGUUAAUGGAUGAUGUUUUGAGUGCAGUAGAUGCUCGAGUUGGUAAGCAUAUAAUGGACAAUUGUAUUAUGGGAUUACUGCACGAUAAAACUAGAAUAUUAGCAACGCAUCAGCUGUCUUUAAUCAGCACUGCAGACCGGAUAUGUUUCCUCAAUGGAGACGGAACGAUCGACGUAGGAACGUUUGAAGAACUCUCCGCUAGAAAUCAAAAUUUCACCAAUUUGAUGGUUUUUAACUCAGAGUCAUCCGAGUCCAAGGACGAGGAGAAAGAACUGAAACUGAUCAAAUCGACAACUCUGACCAUUGAAGAAAAAUUACCAAGAUUUCACGACAUCAAUGAUGGGAAACUAAUGAAGAAAGAGCAGCGUGCCAUAAAUGGAAUCCCAAUUGACGUUUACAAGACGUAUAUUUCAAUGGGUUCUGGAGUGUUUGGAAAACUGUUUUCACCCAUGUUUAUUCUAGUUGUGGCUGUGACAACAUUCUGCCAAUUAUUUACCAAUGUCUGGCUGUCAUUUUGGACUUCUAAUAGGUUUUCACAUCUAAGUGAGGGAAUCUAUAUUGGUAUCUACAUUAUGUUCACAUUUCUGUCCAUGAUAACUGUGACCACUGAGUAUACUUUGAUUGCAUACUUGACCAAUAAAGCAUCUACGAAAUUGAAUAUUGCAGCAAUGAAGAGAUUUUUACAUGUUCCAAUGUCCUACUUGGAUACUACUCCUAUUGGCCAGAUAAUCAAUAGGUUUACAAAGGAUACGGACACACUGGAUAAUGAAAUCGGUGAACAGUUUAGAAUGGUGGUAUACCCGUCUGCAAACGUCAUAGGUGUGUUGAUCAUGUGUAUUGCAUACUUACCGUGGUUUGCGAUAGCUCUUCCUUUCUUGUUCCUAUUAUUCUUACUUAUUUGUUCUUUUUACCAGGCAACCGCUAGGGAAGUCAAGAGAAUUGAAUCUAUUCAGAGAUCAUUUGUCUUCAGUCAUGUUAAUGAAGUUCUGAAUGGAAUGCAUACUAUCAAAUCUUACCAAAGAGAAGAUAGCUUUAUAUCAAAGAACGACCUUUUACUGAAUAAUAUGAAUGAGGCUAGUUUCAUUACUAAUGUUGCGCAAAGAUGGCUGGCCGUCAUUUUGGACACUAUAGGAGCUGGGUUUGCAUUUUUGAUUACCAUGCUCUGUGUGACAAGGCAGUUUGAUAUCGGGCCAUCUUCCGUUGGUCUUCUGGUGACCUAUCUUUUCCAAAUCGUUGGUCAAAUGUCCCUUUUGAUUCGAUCAAUUACUCAAUUAGAAAAUAAUAUGAAUUCUGUGGAAAGGCUAUAUGAGUAUUCGUAUAACCUUCCUCAAGAGGCAUCGUAUGACUCUCCAUCACGACCAAGUCCCCCUAGCACAUGGCCUGAGAAUGGUGUCAUUGACUUUAAGGAUGUAUCCCUUCGGUACAGACCAGGACUCCCUCUGGUCCUGAAAAACAUCAACAUUCAUAUUCCGAGUCGUUUUAGAGUUGGUAUCUGUGGUAGAACAGGUGCAGGAAAAUCUUCAAUCAUGACAGCUCUUUACAGAAUCAACGAGCUGGCUGGAGGACAAAUUGUCAUAGAUGACGUAGACAUCUCGACGCUUAACUUGUAUGAUUUGAGAAGCAACUUAUCAAUAAUUCCACAGGAUCCUGUACUGUUCAAAGGUACUAUUAGAAAGAACUUAGAUCCGUUUGGUGAGAAAGAAGAUGAUGUUCUAUGGGCAGCUCUGCUCAAGAGUGGAAUUGUCGAGUCAUCGUCUGAAUUGGAACAGGUUAAACUUCAAAAGAAAAAGGGCCAAGAGGAGCUUCACAAGUUUCAUCUGGAUCAAGUAGUAGAAGAUGAAGGGAGCAACUUUUCUCUUGGUGAGAGACAACUUAUAGCAUUAGCCAGAGCCAUCGUGAGAGACUCGAAGAUCUUAAUUCUAGAUGAAGCGACCUCCUCUGUUGAUUACAAAACAGAUGCGAAAAUUCAAUCUGCGAUUGUGAGAGAGUUUAACAAAUGCAGUAUCCUCUGCAUUGCUCAUAGGCUGAAGACAAUUGUGAACUAUGAUAGAAUUCUCGUGCUUGAGGCUGGUCAAGUCGCAGAAUUCGAUACUCCAUGGCGAUUGUACCACAAAUCCAGUGGAAUCUUUCGAGCCAUGUGUGAAAAAGCCAACAUCAUGGAACAUGACUUCGACAAUAGAUCAUGA